AUUGUAGGAACAUUUAAACGAAAUGGCCAAAAUAACAAUAUUUACAUGUUUGACUUUGAGUUUAUUGGUUUUGAGCAGAGCUCAGCCAACUGGCCGUAUUGUUGGUGGAGUGGAUGCUAUUGAAGGUCAAUUUCCUCAUCAAAUAUCUCUCAGACGUAAUGGAUCUCAUACUUGCGGUGGUUCCAUAAUAUCCCGUAAUUAUAUUUUAACCGCUGCACAUUGCGUAGGCGCUGAAGAUGAAGACGGCGUAUACCACGUAUUUGACCCCAGUUUAUUUACUAUUAGAGCAGGUUCCACUAAUCGCUUAAUGGGUGGUGUUGUCAAACAAGUUGUCAAAAUUAUUGUACAUGAAAACUAUGGCAAUUUUAUAAAUGAUGUUGCACUACUGAAACUUGAUUCAAGCCUUGUUUUUUCUGACAACAUUAAACCCAUUGCUUUAGCAUCUUCAGAAGUUCCUGUUGCAAGCAAUGUUGUAAUAUCUGGCUGGGGUAGGUUGAAAACUGGUGGUGAUAGUCCCGUUAAAUUGCAGUGGAAUACUUUAGAGUCUAUUUCGAAAUUGAAGUGCCUCACAUCGAUAUUCAUGUCAUCUGAUGCUCUUAUUUGCUUGGCGCACAAAGAAGGCGACGGUGCGUGUAAUGGAGAUUCAGGAGGCCCUGCUACAUUUAACGGUACGUUGGUUGGUGUUGCUGGAUUCGUUGUGGGUGGUUGUGGAACUAAAAAUCCUGACGGUUACGCCAAAGUAUUUUACCAUAUUGAUUGGAUUAAACAACAUUCAGAUUCAUAAUUCUAUAAAUCAAAUUCCUUUUCAUGGAAAGAAGCAUAAAUAUUUUAAAAUAGAUAAAUAUUACCAAUACUACUACCAUACACUAUUAAAUUUGUCUAUAAAAUAAAUUAAAACAAUUUUAUUUUCGA